AUGGAGGUUCCGCAUUCGCCGUCUUCGUCCACUAUGGAGAUGGAGCCGAGUUUCGCAGCAUCUACUACGUCUACGAACUCUACUACCCACUCGAGUUCGGGUGAAUGCAACCCUUGCAUAUUCUUUGCGAGCUCCGCGGGGUGCCACAAACACGAGAGUUGUUCGUUCUGCCACCUUCAUCCAGCAAGGAAGGAUGGUCCAGCAAGACGUGCACGCAAGCAAACUCGCGAUAAAUACAAGUCGCAGGUGAUGCAGCUCUUGGCGGGAAGUCGAGAGGACAUGCAGUCGCAGCAGGAGCAGCUUCAGAAACUUGCCAAAGGCAAUUGGUAUGUCCGCGCGUACAUCUUGGCCUGCCUGAAUGGCCAUGAACUU